CCGGGCUCCGCUCUCCUCAGCGCCUGCCGCCGCCGCCGCCGCCUCCUCCCGCCGCGCGGACCGUGGAGCGGGGUCGCAGCCGCCUGCCCGCCGUGCGGUGGGCCAGGAUGUCGGGCUUCCUGGAGGAGCUGCUCGGCGAGAAGCUGGUGACGGGCGGCGGCGAGGAGGUGGACGUGCACUCGCUGGGCGCCCGCGGCAUCUCGCUGCUGGGUCUCUACUUCGGCUGCAGCCUCAGCGCCCCCUGCGCGCAGCUCAGCGCCAGCCUGGCCGCCUUCUACGGGCGCCUGCGGGGGGACGCGGCGGCCGGGCCGGGGCCGGGAGCGGGGGCCGGGGCGGCGGCGGAGCCCGAGCCGCGGCGGCGCCUGGAGAUCGUCUUCGUGUCCUCGGACCAGGACCAGCGGCAGUGGCAGGACUUCGUGCGGGACAUGCCGUGGCUGGCGCUGCCCUACAAGGAGAAGCACAGGAAGCUCAAACUUUGGAACAAAUACCGAAUUUCCAACAUUCCAUCACUAAUAUUCCUCGACGCCACCACUGGGAAGGUUGUGUGCAGGAACGGGCUGCUGGUGAUCCGAGAUGACCCAGAAGGUCUGGAGUUCCCCUGGGGACCGAAACCCUUCAGGGAAGUCAUUGCAGGGCCCUUGCUUAGAAACAAUGGGCAGUCUCUGGAGAGCAGCAGCCUGGAGGGGUCUCACGUGGGCGUCUAUUUCUCCGCACAUUGGUGUCCGCCCUGCCGAAGCCUCACCCGGGUCCUGGUGGAAUCCUACCGGAAGAUCAAGGAGGCAGGCCAGAACUUCGAGAUCAUCUUCGUUAGUGCAGACAGGUCGGAGGAGUCCUUCAAACAGUACUUCAGUGAGAUGCCCUGGCUCGCCGUCCCCUACACUGACGAGGCCCGGCGGUCACGCCUCAACCGGCUGUACGGAAUCCAAGGCAUCCCCACGCUCAUCAUGCUGGACCCGCAGGGCGAGGUGAUCACGCGGCAGGGGCGGGUGGAGGUGCUGAAUGAUGAGGACUGCCGGGAGUUCCCCUGGCACCCCAAGCCCGUGCUGGAGCUCUCCGACUCCAACGCCGCGCAGCUCAACGAGGGCCCCUGCCUCGUCCUUUUUGUAGAUUCUGAGGAUGACGGAGAGUCCGAGGCGGCCAAGCAGCUGAUUCAGCCGAUAGCUGAGAAAAUCAUUGCCAAGUACAAAGCCAAAGAGGAGGAGGCACCCCUUCUGUUCUUCGUAGCUGGGGAGGAUGACAUGACUGACUCCCUGCGAGAUUACACCAACCUGCCUGAGGCUGCCCCUUUGCUCACCAUCCUGGACAUGUCAGCCCGGGCCAAGUACGUGAUGGACGUGGAGGAGAUCACCCCCGCCAUCGUGGAGGCCUUUGUGAAUGACUUCCUAGCAGAGAAGCUCAAACCGGAGCCCAUCUAGCGUGGCUCCGGCCUCCUGAGACGUUAUUUAAAACUCAGCCUUCUCCUCCUCCCCCUCCUUCCUUCCGCCCUUGGACUUACCCAGCGUGCCCCGAAUCCCAUCACCCAAGUGUCCAGCCUCUCUGUGGUGCCUUGUUUCUGCAGUAAACUCCUCAGCCAGCACCCUGGGGUGCGGAAUCAGCAGCGGCAGAGUCCACCGUGUUUGGAGACUCUGUUUGGGAGCACGGGAUGGCCGGGGGCCCGGCCAGAGCGGGGCUGCAUGGCUUUCGCAAAGUCACUAGCUUUUGGUGAAGGAUCUGCCAGGGUGUCCGGGGCAGAGUGAGCGUGGAGGGCCGCUGGGUCCCGCUCGGGCUCUGACUCUGACGUCGGCACACACAGCCCCGGACGGCCAGAGGGGAACCGCCGGGUGACACCUGCGUGGAGGCUGAGCUGAGAAAGGGCCUCCGCUUAGAGCUGCGGGUGAGGACAUUGUUUUCUAAGCGACGCAGUCUUCCUCGGUCUGAGAGAAAAGCACCCACUCGUGUUCUCAGGCAGGGGAUCUCCAAAUGCAAAAGGAAGCUUGUGGAGGUUUUUUGGGUGAGAAGAAAAAUGUAGCUAAGGUAAUGGUUCAUAUAGUAACGGCUGAUUUUUACGGAGCUCCCACCUCCUGAUGAGAUCAUACAAACAGCUCCCACGAUCCUGAAAUUCUGUUAACGAGUGAGGGUGGACCUCUCACUCCACCCAGCUCUGUGCCCAAGGCCCCUGAUCUCUGCUGAGGUGCCCACGCCCACGUGCGAUCACCCCUGCUAUUCCCUUUUAUUUUCUUUUUUUUGAGAUGGAGUCUUGCUCUGUCGCCCAGGCUGGAAUGCAGCGGCACGAUCUUGGCUCACUUCAACCUCCGCCCCCAAGGUUCAAGUGAUUCUCCUGCCUCAGCCUCCCGAGUAGCUGGGAUUACAGGCACCCGCCACCGUACCUGGCUAAUUUUUGUAUUUUUAGUAGAGACGGGGUUUCACCAUGUUGGCCAGGCUGGUCUCGAACUCCUGACCUCAGGUGAUCCACCCGCCUCGGCCUCCCAAAGUGCUGGGAUUGCAGGCAUGAGCCACCGUGCCCGGCCCCCUUUUCUUUUCAAAGCAGAACUACAAAGAUAAGAAAUUACCAGAAGCCUCGCCUUUUCCUAAGCACCAGCAGAAGGAGCUGUGCCCCGGGAUGGAGUGAGGGUGGAGGGUGCGUCAGCCACGGGUGGGCCUUGUGUCGCCUUGUAUCGGCCCAGGUAGGUUGUUGGUCUCUUACUUGGGCUGACCUGACCCCCAAAAGAGAAACAAACAACUCUGUUCUCAGGAUUGGGGAUGGACGGCUUCGGCCAAGCGUUUUAGCCUCAUUCACUCAGGUGUCAGGGACUUUAAACCACCCUGGGCCUUACCCCUGGCCCCACUCAGCACUCUGCCAGCCAAGACCAUUGAUUUGGAAAAUCCGGUCCCCACCCGCUAAUGAGCUGUUGACACUGUUGUUCCUUGCUGAAUUGGAUUGUUGACUUGUAGUUCAGAGGCGUACAACUAGUUGGCGAUUAGACUUGUUAUGUGAUGUUACCAGCCUGAAAUGCGAUCACCCCGUAGGAAAUAAAGCAGGCAUCUCUGGACCUCA